AUGCCCGUGCCCCGGCUCCUGGCCCUGCUGGCCGGCCUGCUGGUGUCCUCGCAGGCCAGCCCGGCGCCCUGUGCGGCCAUCGUGGGUGGCAGGAAGGCGCGGCCGCAGGAGCUCCCGUUCUUGGCCUCUCUGCAGGAGCAGGGCCAGCACUUCUGUGGGGGGGCCCUGGUGCACCCCCGCUUCGUGAUGACGGCUGCCAGCUGCUUCCGCAGUCGUUUCCCUCCCCAGCUGGACCACAAGGCCAACCUCAACAGCAGCCUGGAGCAGGUGCCGCUGCCCCCCCAGAACACCACGGUGCCAGCCGGCACCAACUGCUGAGUGGCGGGCUGGGGGUCCCUGUGGCCCAGGGGGCGCCUCUCCCGUUUCCCCCGGGUUGUCAACGUCACCGUGACCCCCGAGGAUCGGUGCCGGCCUAACAGUGUGCACCAGCAUGAUCGGCCGCCGGGGCGGUGUCUGCCAGGUACGGGCAGGGUCGGGGCUCCCAGACCCCACAAUGCCAACAUCCUGGUCCACACAUUUAGCAUUUUACGGGGGGCCGGGACACCCUGGGAAUCGAGACAGGGCAGAGCCUGCCCUUUCAGUGCUCCAGUCCCCUGGGUGGGGCGAGCCAGGCUGGACACG